GUUCGCUGUUGCGUCUCCAGUAGCGGUAGUGGCGGUAGCUACCCAACUAAAUACGGUGAUUUCAUGAGAAUCAACCCCAGUGGUGCAUCAUCAGCUACUGCUAGACAAGAUGGUCUUUCAUACUCUGGUGUUGCUGCAUCAAACAAAUUGGCUUCUAACGAUUAUAACCGAUGUCUCCGAUACAAAUCACAGUUCCAAAGUGCUAGCUCAAGCACUCAAAUCCCAGUUGGUCUUAUCACCGCUAUAGCCAGCCGUGAAUCUCGUUGUGGUGGUGCUUUAGAUUCUAAUGGAUAUGGUGAUCAUGGUAAUGGAUAUGGUUUGAUGCAGGUCGAUAAACGUUAUCAUUCUCUACAAGGUGGACCAUACAGUUCAACUCAUAUCUCCCAAGCUACUAACAUUUUGAUCAGUUCCAUCAACGGUGUUGCUAACAAUCAUAGAUCCUGGACCAAAGAACAACAAAUGCAAGGUGGUGUUGCUGCCUAUAACUUUGGUGUUAGCAAUGUGCAAAGUAUUGGUGGUAUGGAUAUUGGUACUACUGGCAACGAUUACUCCAAUGAUGUCGUUGCUCGUGCUCAAUGGUUCCAUAAUAAUGGCUUCAACUAAAUACAUGUACAACUACUCAGUUUUCUAUUCCACUAAAACAGUCAAAUACCCUGUCUGAGGUUUAGAUUAAUUUACUCUUUGUUCUUGAUAAUACUACUUCAAUUGUCGUAUUUCUAGAAUAAAUGUUUGUAUUGGAGUAGAUAGUUCAAUAAAAG